GCCUUGCCUUUGCUCCGAUUCCCCGAUGCUUCUCUCUCGACUCUCUCGCUUCCUUGUCUGUGCGAUUUGCGAGAAGAUAUCUUCGAGAAAUAUAUGACUUUUCAAGAGUGAAAAUUACCAAUGCCUCCUUUGAAAGCUGUGGAACGGUUGGAGAAAUUAUGUAGCUGGACUCUUGCAAAUCAUCUGUUUGGUGUCUUUUGUUCAUGGUAUAAUAUAGAAAAUAGCAAAAGUAUUUCCAAAAGGAAAAGUCAUAGACAUAUCAAUGAGAAAUUAGCUCUUUGUAACCAUGGAAGUGCAAAAGUCAAGAUUGAAGAAUUACAAGAUUUGUUAAAUAAUUGCAUUGAAGAGAAAAAUUCCAGCAUCAUAAAUGAGGAUUGGUACUUAAAGCAUUUAGUUUGCAGUACUUCAUACAGUGAUGAUCCAAGUAAUGAACCUGAAAGUGGUACACUGUCUCCAGUCCAGCAGGAGUAUCAAACUGUAAAUGUCAUUACUCAGUGGUUAGCCAAAGAGGUUCAGGAGUUCUUGUCAUGCUACCUUGCCCCAAGAUUUCAUGAGAAAGUCCUGGCUUCUGUGUUAAAUGUUGUUGCUUCCAAGAUUGAAAUACCAAGACCAAAAGAAAAACUAAGAAUUUUUGAGGAAGAUCUCGAAUUCUUAAACUCUCUGAGUUUUCUUCUUAAGGUAUCACUACAAUGUUUAUUAGUGAAAGGGGUUAUGGCAUUGGAUUUCUCCCAUAUUGCUCACUUAUUAAAGAGAUGGAAACUCUUAUGCUGGGGUGGAGAAACCCUGAAUCGGAAUGGCAAAGAGUGUGAAAGUCCUUGCUUUGAUAUAUUUGGAUAUGCAGUCGAUAGUAAAGUUGUUGGCAUGAGAACACUGAAAUACAUCAAACUGCCACACUAUGUUCAUAACAGCUUUGUUAGAAAGAUUGCUUAUCUAUGCCCAAACCUGGAAGUUUUGAUUUUGCGAUGUUCAGCAGACUGCACUAAUCCAAAGUCAAAUGUUCCAGUUGUGACAAAUGUUGAAGUUCUUUAUGGGAAUUCUGCUGCAUGUGGAGAUGGGCAUGUGCGAAUGGUACCUGGAUGUCGAGAUUUAGUCACUCUUGCUCUUCCAGAGGGUGUUGAAACAUUAGAUGUGACAAAUGAUGCAAUUGAAAUGCUGUCAUUUAUGCCUAAUCUUGAGUAUCUUGUUGGUGUACCAAUGAUAUAUGUAACUGAAGAGUUUGAAGAACUACUUGAAUCACUACCUGGAGCACAGAAACUCACCAAUUUCCAUCAUGGUGUAUAUGGUAAUGACAAUUGGCCUUAUUUUGCUUAUGAAGAAUUCUUACAGGAGCCUGACCCUGAGUAUUUAUCAAAAGUGUUUACUCAGGUCACAAAAGUGGGCAUCUAUGCUCCAACAGAGGUAACUGAGAAAGUGCUUGAGAGUUUCACCAGGGCACAAGAUAUAACUGUAUUUACAGAUGAUUUUGAAGUUCAUGGCAAGUAUAUGAGGAAUCUAACAAAUUUAGAUAUCAAUGUUGGAUACCAGGAGGAGUGGCCUAUUUUGAAUUCACUUUGUCAGACUUCCCCAGGUUUGGAACAGCUCACUUUACGCUCAUUUUCCCUCAUAGUUAGUGGAACAUCAGAUCAAAAACCACGAUUCCCUUCACUGCACACUCUACGUUUCCAUGGUCAGAAUGUUCUUCAAGGUGAAGCCUUGAUAUUUUUUCUGCAGGGCUGCCCUCAAUUGACAACUUUUGUACUUUCAAUGAUCACAGAUGAAGAUGGAGAGUACCUGCUAGAUGAUGAAACAUUGCUUCAGGCUGUACCUCUACUGCCUAAUUUGCAGAAAUUUGUAUACAAAGUGCAGAGUGCACUAACAACUGUGGAUAGAGUACCAUCAAGCCUAACUAUGAAAUCAUGUGAUGCCUUACUGAAUGGAUGUACUCAGCUCUUCCAUGUAGGGAACCUAGAGACAUGGAAAAUUUCAAAAUCAGAAAUCAUCAUGCUUCAAGAAAAAGUGAAGAAAAAGAACUGGGAUUUAGAGAUAGCUUGAUUUUGACUAAGAAGUGCUUUCCAAGUGAUAUAGUGUUUGGAUUAGGUAUGUUGUUUCUAUUAAGAAUUUAGAAUGGACUUUGUUAACAUGUGUCAAAAUACUAUGCAUUUUAUUUCAACUGUAUAUGAUAUUUCAAGAUAUGGAUUGUAGUAUUUAAAUUGGAAGUUUUAUUUUUCUCUUUAAUAGAAUAAAAAGUAUUAUUUUCCACAUAUUGCAUGAUAUAUGAAAGCAAGUGAAAUGUGUUGCAAUGAGUGAAUUGUGAUGUACCAUUGAUAAUAGAUUAUUCAUAGCCAUAUUAUCAUCAAGGAUGUUUAGCAAAGUAAACUAAAUUAAAUCUUUUGUAUUUAC